AAAGAUAUAAUAGAUUUUGUUGUGGAAAGACCCAAAAUGUGCCAUUAACCAAAAGAUAAUCACAAGUAGUUAAAAGAUAUGAAAAGAACAUAUUGUAUUUAUGAUCGAACAAACAGUUUUAUUUUGAAAAAUACAAGCCGGAAGUUUCAGGAGCUCUAAAAAAAUUAUUACGUCAGAAACGUCAGCGAAACAUCGACUUGUUUUUACAGAUGGACUCGGGGUUUAUGUUUAAACAACAUGAUUCAAAGCAAUAACACAGGCAAACACCCUGUUGUCAUUCAGCCUUUUUAAAAAUAAACACAUGCGGUAUUGGAUUCUUUGGAACGAUAAUGAGAAGUACCUAUAAUUAUCGCGAAGAAGCCAAGGAGAGCCCAGCUGACGGGUGGUGACCCGAGACAUUUUUAGACAGAUUUCUGUGUCUGUCUUAAGUGUGUGAGCUUGUGAACAUCGGCGGCCACACAGUCAUGGAUACCGGGGCAGAGAGCCAAUGUUCGGAGCUGGUGGCCCGAGAGAGGAGCGGACACACGGCUGUGGUGACCGACGACAACCUGCUGUAUGUGUGGGGAGGAUAUGUGUCAGUGGCUGAAAGUGAAGUGUUCCUGUCCAACACUCAAAUCUGGGUAUAUGACAUCCAGCAAGGGGUUUGGGAAGUGUUUUACAUGACAGGGGAGGUUCCUCCCCCCAUGUCGGGGAUCUGUGGCUGCUUCCUGGAUGGACAGUUGUACAUGUUUGGAGGCUGUGAUAUGAACGGACAGACCAAUCAGAUGUACUGUGUGAACCUGACAGACGGUAAUUACACCUGGAGGAAGGUCCGAGCUAAGAGAGGUUCUGUGCCCUCACCUCGAGACAAAGUUUCCUGCUGGACUUAUGAAGGACGGAUAAUCUACUUUGGAGGAUAUGGUCACAAAGCUCUGUCUGAUAUUGACAACAGUAACAGAAACUUUAUUGUGGACGAAGCAGCAUGGGUGGAGGACGUCUUCUGGGGCUGGAACAACGAGGUGCACAUUUUUGACCCGGCACAGACCAGUUGGACCAGACCACACACCUGUGGCAAUACUCCUGCACCUAGAGCUGCCCACGCCAGCGCCACCUCUGGUUGUAAAGGUUACAUCUUUGGAGGCAGAGUCAUGGAAACCAGGAAAAACGACAUUCACUGUAUGGACUUGAACACGAUGACUUGGUCAGAAAUAAUCCCUGUGACGCCCAGUCCAGUGGGCAGGUCAUGGCACACACUCACAGCAGUUUCAGAAAACACACUGUUUCUGUUCGGAGGACUCAGUUCAAACUGUACACCAAUGAGUGAUGGAUGGCUGUUUGAUCUCCAGACUAAGAAAUGGACAGAAAUUCAACAUCCACAUGGAAACAAGCCAAGGUUGUGGCACACAGCGUGUCUUGGCAGAGACUCUGACGUGAUCGUGUUUGGAGGAAGUUGUGACUACAUCCUCCUGGUCGACACCGGUCAUUGCAAUGAUGCCCUUGUUUUCCAGAUGCAACCUUACCCUCUGUACAGGAUUUGUGAAGAUUUCAUUGCGAAGAAUGUGAGGAACAAUGAGCUGCUGAGAAACCAGCUCCACUUCCUGCCUCCCAAACUGCUGUCAGCCGUGCAGAGGAGGAUGAAUUUCUACAGACCUUCCAAGAAGAAAUCAGCACAAUAGUCCGUUAAAUGCCAAAAGUGAUAUAUUAUUGUGCCACUUUAUUUCAAAGAGGUAGCGGUCUACGUUCUGUUGCUAGUUUCAGGUCCAUUGCGAUUGGUUUCAAUAUUUUUCUACUCAUUUAUCUCAGACGUUCUAAUGUACCGUAAAUGAAAUGUUUCAGCCAUGACUACAACUGCUUUAUUUCACUGCUUUAAUGUGAAGAUCUACCUCACACUGGUGUUUUUUGUUUUAAAAUUGUAUUAUUUUAAAUAUGUUAUGAUGUAUUUUUUUAAAUUAUUUGUUUAA